CUGUGGAUUUGGGAAAAAUUUUGGCAGAUUGAGAAACUCGUAACCUUGAACUUUAUUACAUACGAUUGAUGACUCUGAAAUAACUGUAAACUGCUUGUUCGAUACUUAAAGAAUGCCUGAACACGUAAAGCACAUCGAAUGGGAGGACAUGGACAAGAGAAAAUUCUAUUUAAUUGGUCCGACAUUGUUUCUGGGCAUUCGAGCUCUGCUGUAUCCGGCGAACCUGGUGAAAACCCGACUUCAAGUUCAGCGCAAGAAAGCUCUAUACACGGGAUCCUUCGAUGCUUUUGUCAAAGUGAUACGUUUUGAAGGUGUAAGAGGACUUUAUAAAGGAUUUCUGGUGAACAGCUUCGGUCUUUUAUCAGGACAAUUUUACAUCACCACUUUAGAAUUGAUUCGUGCUAGGACGAAAGAAUACAGCAAUGCCGUUCGAGGGUUCCUGGCCGGCGGUUGUGCCUCGUUAGUUGGACAAACGAUAACAGUCCCAGUAGAUGUUAUUUCUCAGAAGCUCAUGGUACAGGGUCAGGGUGAAAACACGGCCAAACUCAAGGGAGCAUCGACCAUCAUAAAGGAGAUAAUAAAAUCGGAUGGACCGUUAGGGCUUUACAGAGGGUACCUGAUCUCUCUAAUGACUUAUGCACCCAGUAGCGCAAUUUGGUGGUCCUCCUACGGUAUUUACACAGGACUGGUGGGUAAUGUUGUUAUAACAGGAACACCUCAUAUGCUUGUUUUGGCAAUGGCUGGUACUAUGGCAGGGUUUACCACAGCAACGCUUACAAAUCCAUUGGAUAUAAUGAGAACCAGGUUGCAGGUUGGUGGUGGAAAAUCAGCAUUAGUGUUCCAGAUGUUUCGUUCCCUUCUGCACGAGGAAGGACCAAAGGGGCUAACCAAAGGUUUAUCAGCCAGAAUUCUAGCUAUGGUGCCAUCAAGUCUAGUGAUGGUACUUGGAUAUGAGACCGUCAAAAGACUUAGUUUGAAAACAGUAGAAAAGGAGUUAUAUGUGCAAGAUGAAGGUUACUUAAAGGCAUCAUUUUGAUGAAACAAUUCAUGCUUGAUUGAUGUAUGGAGAUUUAAGUUAAUCUUCACAAGGGAAAGUUUUUGGACAAAUUUAUAUCAAAACAAGAUAAAAUAAAUGUCCCCAUUAUGGUUAUUGUAAUGUAUACCCCUUUCUAGACAUGAGUGAAUUUUUGGGCAAGCAAAAUGAGCUACCUAUGCUCCCCUGUUUUCUCUUGCAUCAUAUUUUUCCUUUCUUGUCAUGUUUUUUCAUAAAUGGUACAUGUAAUGUCUUUUUGGUAUGAAGUGAGGGUUAGAUCUGAUGACACUGUUUUGGCCUCUUUUGAUAAAUUCUCCAAAAUUGAAAUUGUAUUAGAUAACAGAUAACUGUCUAAAGUCAAACCUGUAUUCAGUGGUCACCCUUGGGGAACAGCAGGGUGAUUGCUUGAUACAGGUUAACCACUUAUACUGGUUCCACAGAAUAGGGGUAUUAUCAAAAAAAGCCAUUUUAUACCAUGAUUGACCACUUGAUCAACAAAAAUCCACUCAAAAAAAUACUACUAACAUUGAUUUUGGGAAAUAAGCAUGGAUUACCAGUAAACUUUACUUGAAAGAUGAUUCUUAAGUAGUUUUAUUUGAGUGAAAUCCCACUUUUUAAUUUAAUGUCCAAUACAAAAGGAGGACAAUAGAAACAGGUUGUAAGGAGUCAGUAGGGGUGACCGCUUAACAGAGGUGUAAAUUGGAUUGUUUAAGGGGAAAUUUUCAGAACUUUGAAAACUGACCACUUGAUAUAGGUUUGACUGUAAUUUUUGUUAAUGGAGUAUUCCAGUAAAGGCACCAUUCACUCAUCAAAUUUGCAUGAUAUACCUAGAUAUUUCCUUCGUUUCCCAUUUUAUCAAAUUUCCAGUUGCCCCAAUGAUAGAAAUAUUAAUAUACUUGGCUUUUAGCACAUUAAAUUAGGGGUCUUAAUUGAAUACAAUUGCAUAACUUCCAAAGAAGACAGAAUUAUACUUGCUUUUUCCAAAUCUCCAGAUCACUAAUUAGUCAAAAAGUAGUUUUAAAAAGCUCUCUGAGUUAUUUUCAGACAUGUGUCUAACUCAGGCCAAUAUUUUGAAUGAUUUUCUAUGUAGGAUAUUCAUGGUGGAGUGGAAAGUUGGAUAUAAUGGUUAAAACUUGUAAAAAAAAGGAUCACAAUGGUAGAAAAAUUCCCUGUGUUCAUCAUUAAAAAUUAUUUAUUUUGCAGA